GAGCUGCGCAUAAACGAACAUUCACAGCGAUAUUGCAUAUUGCGACUGUAGUGUUGGGUAACACUUUUAAAUGUAAACACAAACUCGAAGGUAUCAGCUGAUCGGAACGACAAAUUGCAGAAGAAUAACAAACAAUACAGAUUCUAGCCGCGAAAGAAACUGGAAUAUUCGACAUGCCAAUUUCGGACAGCCAGAAGAAAGGACUGCGGGAGUUACUUCUAAAUGAGAAGAACUUAGCCGUCCUGCUACAUCUGGCUAAAGGCGCUACCAAAAAUAUGUGCAAAACCGAAGAUCCGGAGGAGGCACUUCGUCUGAUCACUACACACAUUCCAGACAUUUACAUACUGCUUUCCAAACGAGCUAUAACGAAGGAACUCCUCUUCACGUAUUUGAGCAAACGAGGCGCGGACGCAGCCACAGACUUUAGCAAGGCAGACCUUAUUGCCAAGGUUAUAGAGUGUUGGAAAGAUGAGCAUCAACCAAGCAAUGAGCUUUCCGAAGGCCAGACUUCCAGCUUGCUACACAAGCAGAGCGAAGAGGAUUACCCAAUUCACACGAUUGCACGGAAGUUCGGAGAGUGGUUCUUCGACCGCUUCAACGCAGACACCCUCAGUCUGGUGGAUUUGUGGGCCGAUGCGGCCCUACAUCUAACGAUCAUAGCCAGUGAUGGAAUCAAUGAGUGCAAGUGCUCAACGGCUGCCGAGGUGCUAUCGGCACUAACGAGCGCUAAGCAGCAGUUCGACUUUUACUUUAAUCCAAACCUUACGCACGCCGGGAUUCAGGGUCGAAUGGAUUACUACGGCCAGUUCGUAGUGAUCUGCUGCGGCACUCUGCACUCACGUGAUAGCUGCGUCGGAAUCUUUGAAUGUGCCUUCGGGCUGCUGCAGGACCCGUUUGCUGACAACAACUGGAAACCCAAAAAAGUCAAGUGCUUUCUUAAGAGUGAGGUUCAGCCACCUGAACUGCACUAUCUGUGCUUGAGCGAAACUCUGCAGAAAGCUCUAGAGCUGCCAAUACGCACUGAUGACUUGAACGGACUGUUAUGAAUCAGCGCGUCCCCAUGAAGUAUAAUUUCAAAAGGUACUUAAUACUUACUUGGACAGAACUAUAGUCUAACAAUUAGCUCUCAGAAUGUUCUACCUUAUAUACUCACGAAUUACAGGGCGCAGUUGAAAUUUGAAGGCGUAGACGAAAUGUGUUGACAGCCCCAACUGUAAGAUUAAAGAAAACAAAUGCAUUAAAGAUGUGUGGGUUAAAAACAAUUAGCUGAAUCUGGCAGUUAGUCGCUCAGAUUAAAGCUUAUAUGCCUGAUACUCUCUUCGACCAACCGAAGACCCCUACUCUUGCAGGGCACCAUUAAACAAAUUCAUAUAAUGAUUAUUAAGUUUAAAUCUUUUAGGACAUAAAAUUUACGCAAGAAAUUAUACAUAUUAAAAAAUCA